AUGUCCUUCCAGCAGCGCCACGCCAAAAUGGUGGCCAAAGUAGAAUCCGCAGAAGGGUUACGAGACCAAGGAAACCUGGCUGUCCAACUCCAGAAUUGGCAGGAGGCUGUUGACAAAUACACCGAAUCCCUCCAACUCUGCACCGACGACGACGCGGGGCUCCGAGUGACACUCUACAGAAAUCGGUCGCUGGCCCGGUUGAAGCUCGAUGAUUUCGAGGGAGCUGAGCUGGAUGCUACCAAAGCUAUCGAAGCUGAUGGUGCGGAUAGUAAGGCAUUAUACCGAAGAGCUCUGGCUAGGGAAGCGCUGGAAAAGAUCCCAGGAGCUUUUGCUGAUGCUAAAGAAGCUCUAAGGCUGAGCCCGAAGGACAAAAACGUCACUGCCAUCCUCCAACGACUCGUCCAAAAGAAUAAUGACCUCGUCAAAAAAGCCACUUCGCUUGAUACAAAAGUCAACGACAUGCAAAAGCUCGCUUUUGAUGGUGACGCCAAGGAUUUGGAGCAGAAGAAGACGGCCAUGAACAACCUGCUCGUCUUGGCACGAGAAAAUGAGAGCAGCGCGGCCAGGGUUUGGAAUGAGGGCAAAAUCUUCCCGAUAAUCAAGAACAUCUACACGGAUAAGAAAGAGGACGAGGAAGUCGCCAUUACCGCGAUUCGAGUGCUAGACGAGUUGUUGAAAAAUCAUGCUAGGGCCCUUAAAUUCUUGGCCAUGCACGACAAGGAAGAGAUGAAGAGCGUCCGCUUCGUCUGUAGAAUUAUGUGCGCCAGGCCGGUGGAGGAAUUUGUUGAUGCGGCUGGGUUGUUAGUGCAAAGGGUCUUCAACGCCAUGGUAAAAAUGGACCGCCAGAAGGAGAUGAAGCCGGAUCCGGAAAUCGCUGAGAGCAAUAAGCUCUGGAUCAUUCGAGUGAUUCUGGAGCUUCAGGAGAUGCUGACGGACAAGGGUGUUGGGCCAAAGGUCCGUAAUACGGUCAUUGAUCUCUUUACGAAGAAUUUGAUGCAUAUGGAUGGUGGUAUCCCGAGAGGGUGGAGCUGGAAGUUUGUGGAUGAGCGAGGCCUCCUCGCACUCCUCGACGUUUCCUGCCAAAUCCCUCAAAAAUGCGACUACCUCGUCAACAGCGAGACCCGCCAGCAUAUGGCCAUUUGUCUGUCGCGACUCUACGACGACAUGGUCUUCGACACCAAACGCACCAUUUUCAAGGAGCGGCUGGAUGGAUUUUUCAACGCGCUGAUGGCCCAAAACGAUAAGCCGGAGGCUCAGAUCAAAAUCGCUAGUCUGCUGACGUGUCUCUUGCAGGGUCCCGUUGACGUCGGUAUCAACAUGGUUACCAACGAUCAAGUGACAGCCAUGAUGCUUCAUAUGGCCGGAAGUGACGAUCUGCUCCUACAGGGAGUUGCUGCUGAACUGAUCGUUAUGACGGUGUCGAAGCACGAGCGAGCAACAGCUAUGCUGAAAGUCGGGGUCCCGAUCCUCAGGAAGCUCUACGACUCCGAGGAUGAGAACGUUAAAGUUCGAGCUCUUGUGGGUCUAUGCAAAUGCGCCGCCGCUGGUGGAGACGAUAUUUCGAAGCAAACGAUGAAGGAGGGUGCCUCGAUUAAGUUGGCGGCUACUUGUAAAAAGUUUUUGUUGGAUGUGGACAAGUAUUCGGUGGACGUACGAAGAUUCGCUUGCGAGGGCCUGUCAUACCUUUCUCUUGACGCCGACGUGAAGGAAUGGAUCGUCGAGGACCCGCUGCUCUUGAAAGCCAUGCUCAUCCUCGCCAAAAAUGCCGGCCCACUCUGCGUGUUCACCCUCGGUGCCAUCUACGUCAACCUCACGAACUCAUACGACAAACCGGAAGUGGACGACAAGAUGAAGGAGCUCGCAAAGUUCUCGAAACAUCACGUCCCGGAGGCGCAUCCGUACGACGCUGAAAAGUACGUAGUCGAGCGUGUAAAAGCGCUCGUCGAUGAGGGAGCCAUUAGUGCGUGUGUGGCGAUCCACAAGACCGAAUCCAAGGCGGCUAUGGAGUUAUUGGCAAGGGCGCUCCUCGCCUUCGCGCAACAGGAAAAGCUUCGCGGACGGAUUAUCAGUGAGGGCGGUACCCCGCUGUGCUUGCAUUUGUAUAAGAACGCUACCCCGGAGGGCCAGAUCAAGGCAGCGCACUGCUUGGCGAAGCUCGGCGCAAAAUCGGAUCCAAAUAUCUGCUUCCCAGGACAACGGUCUUAUGAGGUCGUGAAGCCCCUAGUCGAACUGUUGCAUCCGGAUAUCGAGGGAAAGCCCAACUACGAUGCGCUAAUUACGCUGACCAACCUUGCGUCGGUUUCCGAUUCCGUCCGCAAGAGGAUUAUCAAGGAAAGGGCCGUGCCGAAGAUUGAGGAGUAUUGGUUCAUGACAGAUCAUCCUCACCUCCGCGCCGCUGCCGCAGAAUUGUUGAUAAAUCUGUUGUUCUUGGAAGAAUUCUACAACGACACUGUUCGGCCCGGAACAGAUCGCCUGAAGCUGUGGGUGCUCUACUGUGGCGAGGAGGACGACGACUAUCGAUUGGCCAGGGCUUCAUCCGGUGGAUUUGCGAUCCUCACCGAAGAUGAGGGGGCUUGUAAGCGAAUUAUGACGGAGAUCAAGAGCUGGCCCGAAUGCUUCAAGGAUAUGUUGAUGCAUGAAGACCCCGAGAUUCAACGCCGAUGUCUGAUUGGCAUUAAGAAUAUCAUGAAGUCGGAUAAGGGCCUGUGCGCAGAGAUUACGGCGUCGGAAAUCUUCCGGAUACUCGUCGCCAUCACCAAGCUGGGCAAAAACAGCUCAAACAGACUUGGCUCGGUUGAAGAAGCGAAGAAGGCCCUGCAAGUGGCCGAAGAAUUCGACCUGAUCAAGGCCACCGACCGCGAGAUGUUCGAGCGGUUGAACAACCUAAACACCGUACCAGAAGAA